GAACCCAAAAAUUAUGCGAUUUCUUGGUUCACACGAGAGAAACUCCCGAUUCUCAAGUCUCCAACUCAGACCCACCACAAUAAAUUAGGCAUUUGCCUUCUUUAUUCCAAACACGCUCGCAAAUCAUUUUGUUUUUAUUUUUCACGAGAGACAGAAAUUACGAAGCUCUGGAUUCCACCUCUUAUCGUCCUCGCCGACGGUGCUUAUGCCGGUUGGUUUCCAGAUUGCACCGGACUUGGAUUUAAAGGAAUUUAGCUUCCUUUUCAAGAUAUGGCAAAAGUCUGCUUCUGGUCAAAUUGCAACCUCUUCCGGGUCUUUUUAUUCCAAGAAGUGCUUGACUGGCGGUUUAUCGCUAGUGGAGAUUCUCUUUUGGUUUCCUUUGUCAAUUGCACUUAAUGCCCAUCCUCUUUCUAGUACUCAACACGAGAGUUGUAAUGAAUUUUAGUGCUUUGUUGAUACAACAACCAGUCAUGAAAAAACACCUUCCAGGGCUUGUAGUAGAUGAUUGAAAGUUGGUUGCUAAGCAUUAGCAUUAGUAGUUCUUAGUUUAUGUUUUGUUGUUGCUCCUGAUGGGUACUGAUUACUGAGGAUAUGUUGCUUUAAUGAGCAUUCUGCAACUGUUUAUAUUUAGCUUAAAUGAGUUAACAGCAAUUAAGCCUUUGAACCAAACGAGUGUAUCUUGAGCUAGGAACCCUUCCUUCUGGCUGGAGCAAUCAUUCGGGUUGUAUCAGUAUGUUUCUUGGAGCCCAUCCAUUCCUACCGUUGAUGCCUUCUUUUGGUCUUGAAGCUGCGGGUUUAGUACCAAAUAAGGCUUUGAAGCCCAUCCAAUAUAAAAAUUCUGGCUUUAUGUUAUUUCAUGCAUCCAGCGGAAAUUAAUGGUGGAUUUAUCUUAUCUCCGAAGCGGUUUGUUUUUGUUUUAUAGUUUUAAAUACAAGCUAUCUUCUACUGAAGAUAAUUGUCACAUGCCUAUCCUUGUUUCCUAUAAAUCUCCUGAAUAAAGAAAGGGUUACUUUUUGUUCUGCAAAAAAAUGGAGAGGUACAAGUUAAUUAAGGAAGUUGGAGAUGGAACUUUUGGUAGGGUAUGGCGAGCUAUUCAUAAGCAGUCUGGGCAAAUUGUUGCAAUUAAGAAAAUGAAGAAGAAAUAUUACUCAUGGGAAGAAUGUGUGAAUCUGAGAGAAGUUAAGUCACUGCAGAGAAUGAAUCAUCCGAAUAUUGUGAAGCUUAAGGAAGUCAUCAGGGAAAAUGACAUUUUAUUCUUUGUGUUUGAAUAUAUGGAAUGCAACCUUUACCAACUUAUGAAAGACAGGGAAAAGCUUUUUUCUGAAGUUGAAAUCAGAAAUUGGUGUUUCCAAGUCUUUCAAGGUCUUGCAUACAUGCACCAGCGUGGAUAUUUUCAUCGUGACCUAAAGCCAGAGAAUUUGUUGGUUAGUAAAGAUAUAAUCAAAAUUGCUGAUUUUGGUCUUGCACGUGAAAUUAAUUCACAUCCACCGUACACGGAGUAUGUCUCAACGCGCUGGUAUCGUGCCCCUGAAGUACUUCUUCAAUCAUACAUAUACACUUCAAUAGUUGAUAUGUGGGCGAUGGGUGCAAUCAUGGCUGAGUUAUUCACCUUACGUCCUCUUUUUCCUGGAACCAGUGAAGCAGAUGAAAUCUACAAAAUCUGUAGUGUAAUAGGUACCCCAACUAAGGAAUCGUGGCCCGAUGGGCUUGAUCUUGCAAGCGCUAUAAAUUACCAAUUCCCACAGUUCGAUGGUGUCCAUCUGUCUGCAUUGAUACCAUCAGCAAGCAAUGAUGCUAUAAGUCUAAUUACAUCUCUUUGUUCGUGGGAUCCUUGCAAAAGACCAACUGCUGCCGAGGCCCUUCAACAUCCUUUCUUUCAGAGUUGCUUUUAUGUUCCUCCCUCUCUUCGUCCCAGAAUAGCUGUUUCUAGAACAACUCCAUCUGUUGGGAUUCAAGGAACAUUGGAACAGCAAUCAGUUAUGAGGUCCUAUGGGGCUCUACCCAAUACGAAGUUCACUGGCAGCUUUUCUUCUCUGAAGACGAAUGCAUCUUUUGGCACAGAUGUGCAACGCAAACCGGAGAUGCUUAAUCAGGAUCUGAGAAAGAAUGAUAAACCCGUGAAGAACUUUACCAAACAACCCAGGUAUUUGCCACCAGGAAGAAAGGCUCCAAUAUCCAUGAGCAAGGAUAAAAAUGAUGGUGGAGCGGCUUCAGAUGUUGCAGAAAAGACGGGAAAUGUUAGGAUUGGAAAUCAGAGGCAGUAUGUUGGGCAAAUACGGCCGGCACCUAUGAAGGCUGGGGUGCAGUGGACUGCGGAAUCUAAUGACAUGUUUCUUAGGCCAACCCAACAAAUACAGCCUGGCAGAAGUAUUCCCAGAAAAGUAGCGGGAUGAGAUGGCUGGCUGGGCCGCUCCACAUCAUGGCUUUAUAAUAAUUGAAUAAUAGGGUAUCUCAUUCAAUACAUGAAUACGAAAAGAAUGAGUGCUUUGGUUUGAUUUGUUUUUAUUUUGAGUGGUUUUGCGUUACCAUAGAAUAAACAUGGUUUGUGUUACAGUUGACUGGUUUCUUCAUAUUGACGUUGCUUGAUAAAUGAAUUGUGAGCUGUUGUGUUUUCUUUUUUU